CGAAAGUUAACAAGUUGAGAACGGAUCUGUGGCUAGUUAUUUGACCACGUUGUUAGAAUUCCUUGUGAAAUACGCAGAUUUGAAUUAGAUUUCACUCUACUGUUUAUAACCGAGGAGGUAAGUCAACAUUUAAAACGUCGGUAUAUGUGAUAUUACGCAGUUUAUUCCACGUAUUAGCAAUGGAGACUCUGCUAGCGGAGUAGCUAGCGUAGCGGAUCAACAACAACAUUCAACCUUGAGGCCGGGUUCUAACAUUUUACAUUUAUGUCAUUUAGCAGACGCUAUUAUCCAGAGCGACUUACAAAUUGGUGCAUUCAACUUAUGAUAGCCAGUGGGACAACCACUUUUUUUUUUUGGGGGGGGGGGGGGGUAGAAGGAUUACUUUUAUACUAUUCCUUAAAGAGGUAGGGUUUCAAGUGUCCGGAAGGUGGUCAGUGACUCCGCUGUCAUGGGGGAACUUGUUCCACCAUUGGGGUGCCAGAGCAGUGUAUAGCUUUGACUGGGCUGAGCGGGAACUGUGCUUCCGUAGAGGUAGGGGGGCUAGCAGGCCAGAGGUGGAUGAACGUAGUGCCCUCGUUUGGGUGUAGGGUCUUUUCAGAACCUGAAGGUAAGGAAGUGCCGUUCCCCUCACAGCUCCGUAGGCAAGCACCAUGGUCUUGUAGUAGAUGCGAGCCUCAACUGGAAGCCAGUGGAGUGUGCGGAGGAGCGGGGUGACAUGAGAGAACUUGGGAAGGUUGAACACCAGACGGGCUGCAGCGUUCUGGAUAAAUUGUAGGGGUUUAAUGGCACAGGCAGGGAGCCCAGCCAACAGCGAGUUGCAGUAAUCCAGACGGGAGAUGACAAGUGCCUGGAUUAGGACCUGUGCCACUUUCUGUGUAAGGUAGGGUUGUACUCUGCGAAUGUUGUAGAGCAGGGGUGUCAAACUCAUUUUGGUUCAGGGGCCACAUAUAGCGCAAUCUGAUCUCAAGUGGGCCGGGCCAGUAAAAUAAUAGCAAAAUAACCUAUAAAUAACGUCAACUCCAAAUCUUUACCUUUGUUUUUCAAUAUUAUGCCUUAAUUUAUCAUUUAGCCUACAUAUGUGCAUUAUAACUCACAGAUCACAGUGGAUCUACAAAGGCACAAAACAUUUAUUCACAGAUAGGCCUAUGGAACUGAAAAAAUGGCAUUUCACUUUAAUUAAAACAACUUGUUUUAUUAACUUAUUAACUUAACUUAUUUUAAUGUACAGUAUACAUUCUGACCACCUGAACUGACUCACCACACUAUGCACAAACUAAAGUGGGAGCUAUGAAGAACGUUAUCACAAUGUUCAUGGUCUUUAAAUAUUACAUUACCACAGUAAAUGUUAUUUUUUCACAGAACUGUAUUCUUCAGAGUGCAAAACGUCUCUUAAAGAGCAUUACAAGUCUUACAAUUAGACUUGACCUACUCGCUGUUUAACCCCCUCCCCUCUCUUUCUCUCACUGCGGCCUACCGGCUGCUCCUGAAACUUGGCAUCUUUUAGCCUUCACGAUUGCAUCAAUAUCAGGUGUCAAAUCCUGAGUAGCAGCCAAUUUCAUAAUGUCAUUUAAGUGCUUGUGUGUUAGCCUUGAGCGCAGCUUUGUUUUAUUGAUGUUCAUUACAGAGAAAACCUGUUCACAAAGAUGGGUAGUCCCAAACAUGCAUAAAACCUUUGCAGCCAGGGCUGUUAAUUUGGGGCACCCUGGCAAGAGAUACUGAUAAAAUGUGUCCAAGCCCACAGAGGCAAAUUUGUCCUUCAUACCUGAAUCACACUGCACACUGCAUGUCAAUUAUUUCGAGUUGGAUGUCAGCGGGCAGAUCAGAAGCCUUGACUGUGAAUGGCGAGCAAAAAAUGGUAAAUUCUGUCUCAAGUUCACCGAAGACCUGAAACCGUCGCUCAAACUCCCGCAGCAAUCCUGUAAUCUUGUCUUUGUAUUGAGCCAUGUCAGCAUUAAGUCCGGUCGCACGCACAUCUCUUAGACAAGGGAAAUGAGCGGUGUCACCGCUAGAUAGUUGUGUCUCCCAGAGUGACAGUUUCAACUUGAAUGCGCGUAUGCUGUCAUAAUACUGAGUGACAACUUUUUUGCGGCCCUGCAACAUUUUGUUAAGAUUAUUCAGGUGCUCUGUAAUAUCCACCAGAAAGGCAAGAUCCUGCACCCAUUCUGGGCAUUUAAGUUCCUUCACUGGUUUGCCUUUUUUCUCCAUGAACUGUUCAAUUUGCUCUCGUAGCUCAAAGAAACGCUUCAGCACGGCACCUCGGCUUAACCACCGUACUUCAGUGUGGUAUGGCAAGCCAUGCGUAAUGUCUUUAUCACUGAGAAGACUGUCAAACUGACGGUGAUUCAAACCUCUUGCUCGGAUGAAAUUAACAGUGCGGACAACCACCUCCAUGACAUGAUCCAUUUUUAAUGAUUUGCAACACAAUGCUUCCUGGUGCAAAAUACAGUGAAAUGUCCAAAACUCUUGUCCUUCAUUUGCGGCCUGUACUUUAUCUCUGAAUUUUGUCACAACGCCUGCUUUUCUCCCAAUCAUUGAUGGCGCACCAUCUGUCCAGCGCUCCAACGAGAGAGCUCAUAAUGUCAUCCGCUGUUUUAGUGUCCGUCAUAGGUACCAACCCAAGGAACUCCUCGGUGACUGUCAAAGUCGCAUCAACACCACGAAUGAAUAUGGCCAGUUGAGCAACAUCUGUAAUAUCAGUGCUCUCAUCAAUUGCAACCGAAAAUGCAACAAAUGACUUGACUUUGUGAUUCAUUUGGCUCUCCAAGUCUGCCGAGAGAUCUGAAAUUCUAUCUGCGACAGUGUUUCUCGUUAGGCUAAUGUUGGCAAAGGCCUGUCGCUUUUCAGGGCACACAAUUUCUGCAGCCUUCAGCAUGCAUGUUUUCACGAACUCACCCUCAGAAAAUGGCUUGGAUCCUAACGCUAUCUCAUUAGCAAUAAGGUAGCUAGCUUUCACCGCUGCAUCACUGACCUCUCGGCUACGGGUAAAAACAGACUGCUGUUUCUUCAGACCCACUAACAAUUCAUUUAUCUUCUCUAUUCUCAGUUGUCCUCGUAAAUGGUUGUAUUUUUCACCAUGAUGAGUCUCAUAGUGGCGCCGAAUAUUAUAUUCCUUGAGCACUGAAACUUGCUGAUUACACACCAAUUCACUUCUGUGAAUAAAUAUGAAUCAGACAAUUUUUCUUGGAAAACUCUGCACUCUGUGUCAACUUUUCUCCUUUUUGAGAAAGACAUUUUCGUAAUGUGGGUGCAACAGUGGGUAAUUUUGACAACAAGAGCUUAAUAACGAUAAGGCAAGAUCGGCAGAUAGCGCAUUCUGGGCGCGUUGCUGUCACGUGCUGUUUAUUUCAGGAUCUCUCGUUAUUUCAGUGCGACCUCUGCUGGACAAAUUUGGAAUAUCUGUUCUUUUAAAAAAAAAUAGUGGACGUCGUCUCGCGGGCCGGAUUGAACCAUCUGGCGGGCCGGUUCUGGCCCGCGGGCCGUAUGAUUGACAUCCCUGUUGUAGAGCAUGAACCUGCAGGAUCAGGUCACCGCUUUGAUGUUAGCGGAGAACGACAGGGUGUUGUCCAGGGUCACGCCAAGGUUCUUUUGCACCCUGGGAGGAGGACACAAUGGAGUUGUCAACCAUGAUGGCGAGAUCAUGGAGCGGUCAGUCCUUCCCCGGGAGGAAGAGCAGCUCCGUCUUGCCGAGGUUCAGCUUGAGGUGGUGAUCCGACAUCCACACUGAUAUGUCUGCCAGACAUGCAGAGAUGCGAUUCGCCACCUGGUUAUCAGAAGGGGGAAAGGAGAAAAUAUAUUGUGUGUCGUCUGCGUAGCAAUGAUAGGAGAGACCAUGUGAGGAUAUGACAGAGCCAAGUGACUUGGUGUAUAGAGAGAAUAGGAGAGGGCCUAUAACUGAGCCCUGGGGGACACCAGUGGUGAGAGCACGUGGUGCGGAGACAGAUUCUCGCCACAACCACCUGGUAGGAGCGACCUGUCAGGUAGGACGCAAUCCAAGAGUGAGCCGCGCCGGAGACGCCCAACUCGGAGAGGGUGGAGAGGAGGAUCUGAUGGUUCACAGUAUUAAAGGCAGCAGAUAUGUCUAGAAGGAUAAGAGCAGAGGAGAGAGAGUUAGCUUUAGCAGUGCGGAGAGCCUCCGUGACACAGAGAAGAGCUGUCUCAGUUGAAUGACCAGUCUUGAAAACUGACUGGUUUGGAUCAAGAAGGUCAUUCUGAGAGAGAUAGCAGGAGAGUUGGCUAGAGACUGCACGCUCAAGAGUUUUGGAGAUAAAAGAAAGAAUGGAUACUGGUCUGUAGUUGUUGACAUCGGAGGGAUCGAGUGUAGGUUUUUUGAAGAGGGGUGCAACUCUCGCUCUCUUGAAGAUGGAAGGGACAUGGCCAGCGGUCAAGGAUGAGUUGAUGAGCAAGGUGAGGUAAGGGAGAAGGUCUCCGGAAAUGGUCUGGAGAAGAGCGGAGGGGAUAGGGUCAAGCAGGCAGGUUGUUGGGCGGCCGGCCGUCACAAGUCGCAAGAUUUCAUCUGGAGGGAGAAAGAAGUCAAAGCAUAGGGUAAGGCAGUGUGAGCAGGAACAGCUGUGUCAUUUGACUUAAUAAAUGAGGAUCAGAUGUCGUCAACCUUCUUUUCAAAAUGGUUGACAAAGUUAUCCACAGAGAGGGAGGGGGAGGAGGAUUCAGCAGGGAGGAGAAGUUGGCAAAGAGCUUCCUAGGGUUAGAGGCAGAGGCUUGACAUUUAGAGUGGUAGAAAGUGGCUUUAGCUGCAGAAACAGAGGAAUGUAGAGAGGAGGGAGUGGAAAGAUGACAGGUCCGCAGGGAGUCUAGUAUUCCUCCAUUUCCGCUCGGCUGCCCGGAGCCCUGUUCUAACGUAGACACUGGACUAAUUGUCACGCUCUCUCGCCUUCUGGUAGUGAUCCUGCCAGUUACUUUCAACCAUGGUGAGGGAACGGGGCCAGAAGAAGUCUUUCCAGCAAAGCCUGGACGACAUCAAGGAAAAGAUGAUUGAGAAGAGGAACAAACGCCUGGCAAGUGCCUCUGUAGCCAACAGAGGACGGUCCAAAAGGAUCAACAGAACCAGUGGUGAGAGAUUCACAUAAUAUGCCAGCCAGUAUCAUGUUGAAGAUGGUAAUGUAAACUUAAGCAUCAUGAUAGUUAACAACCUAAAUUCUGGUCAAUUGGACGUAGCUAUGCCUACUAUUGCCUACUAAUUAUCUAGCUAGCAAUUUCUCACCUCAUAUGGCGGUUAACCUUUUGAAGAGGAGUAUAUCUCAGCUUGCUCCCUCUGUCUCUACAGCGGGCAACGUGAAGCCAGUUAUCCUGAAGAACGUGCAGAUCAAUAACAAAGCCCUGGCUCUGGCCCUGCAGGCUGAGAAGGAGAAGGUGAGGCAGGCCAACUGUAUCAUCCUGCAGAUGAAGAGGGAGCAGCAGGCCCUCUUCCUCCACCUCCUCCUGCUCAAGAAGAGGCUCAAAGACCAGGAGGCGCAGGCCAGCAAUGUACAGGUAUGAAGCUGCCUGAAUGACUGUUUGAGUCAAACUGAGUAACCGCUAUGGGAGCUUUUCAUCACAGAAAGUUGUGCCCUUCCCCCUCUGCCCUUGUUCAUGAUAUUUGUGUGUGUUUAGACUGGACCUGCACAGCUCCUUGCUGAACCACCAAAGCCAGUGGACUCCUCCAGGUGAGCUAUUCAAAUAUAAUAUCAACUGAAUGCAUCAUUUCUCACAUUCAAAGAGCCACUGUUUAAUGUCCAGUGUGAUUCAUCCCAUCUCCUGUCACCUUGUGAAUGUCAUCAAUUCCUCCCUGGAAUUUCAAACGUUUCCCUUUUUUGUUCCUUUUGUGCAGGAGAAUUCAAAGCCGUGCUGAUCUGGAAGAUCCUGUGAUGGACGAGUUCCCUCUCUCACCCAUCAGCUCAGGUAUAUGAAAUAACAUUUACCAGACAAACCAUUCUUAACAGAUUUUAACUGUUAGGCCUUUCACUCCAGAAUUGUGAUGUUGUUACUUUGGAUAAUUACACAGAAAACAACGACAAUAAUGUUAUUGUGCAUGUGUGUUAGGAUGUGUCACUUUUAAUGAACCAUCCAUGUCGUUGCAAGUGUUGACAAUGACAUCCAUUCUCCUCUCUCAGCGUGUCAGUUUCCUGAAGGGGCGGGCAAAAACAAAAGUGACAGGCAGGUGGCGUUGCCACAGACAGUGGGUGUGAGACGUCGCCGGGUGGAAGGCAGCAGGAUGCGAUCUGAGCGUGUGCGGGAAGGGCGCCGUUCCUCGUUCUAUGAGCAGAACCCCAGCGCCCCUCCAGAACCUCUCAAACAGAAAGAGACUGAGGUCAUAGUGGAUAGCCUGGUUCUAAACGACAGAGGCCAGAACCACAUACAGGAAGUGAAGAUGGAGAGAGGCAAUCCGAUUGGCUCAGAGGAGUUCCAGCAGCACUUCACCCCAGAGCCCCCGGCUAAACCAGCCAAUCAGCAGCAGCAACCCCGGAACAAACCGAAACAGGCCCAGCCACCGCGGCCUAAACCCGAACCAGCUGCACGCAAGCCAGAGAGGGGCCGCAAACCGGACCGCCCCCCUCUGAAGAAACCCUGGGAGACCUCUAAACCCAGAGCCCGGUCCAAGAGCCGGGACCGCUCUGCCACACGGUCCAGAGCCGGGGUGGGAUCCGCUGCACCUCUCAACACCUCCCUCAACACAUCUCAGGGAUUCAAUGACACCUUUGAUUUCGACUGCGAGGAUGGGGUACACCUCACCCCCUUCAAGGGUGGCGGACCCAAGGAUAACCCCCGAGACACACCCAAACAGGAGAAGGUGGUAGAGACGGGACAGGGACAGAACCCGAAGAGGACUCAGUUGUCACCUGAGUCUAGUUCAUCUUCGUCUUCUGAGUCAGAAGACAGCCCCUACGUUCCUCAGAAACGGAAGAGACGGAGCCACACGGACCAGGCCAAGCCCGCCCUCGCUCGUAGAGGCAGAGGUCAACCCUCCAAAGCAGCUACAGACAAGGAGAACGCCCCCCCACAUGGUGAGCAUUUAACUGUUAACUUAGACAAUUAGGAUGACUGUCUUUGCAAUCACUUAUCAAGUACCUUGAUGGUUGCUCUGAAGCAUUGCUGGAAAUCUUCACCUCAUGUCCAGGUGACAUAAAAUGAUGACAGCUGUAGAUAUGAGUGCUUUUUCUAUAGAUUUCCACAUAAGCUAUUGUAUGUGUUUAAUUAGUUGUUCAUCGCCCGUGUCUAGUAACCAGAAUGGAGGUCAGUCCCACCCCUGUGGUCCUUGACAAACAACUCAAGGAGGAACCAGAAAGGGGACAGAGACAGAGCUCGAUUCGGAUACAGCCGUUGUCUGUGGUUGCCAUGGAUGUUGCCAUGGAGGCCAGCUUGUGUGAGUCAGAGGGUAGCCCCUACGUUCCUCAAAGCCGUGGCGUACGGAAGACACAGGGCCCCCCAGAGCAGGCCAAGCCCACCCCCGCUCGCAGGGGACGGCCCCUUAAAGCAGCCAGAGACAAGGAGAACGUCCCCCCUCUGAAACGACAGUCGUCACGUGGUGAGCGAUGAACAACAUACAGAUUUAUACAUGCUGUUAUAGGAAAGGGUAGGCUAUGUGUUGUAUCUGAUGCUUAUCUCCUGUGUCUAUCCAGUCAUCAGAGUAGAGGCCAGUCCCACAGCUGGGCCCGCUGAGAUCUAUGAGACAGAACUCCAACUCCCAGAAACCCCUGGGAGUGUCUUUGACAGUCCUGGUCCAAUGGCAGAGCAAGGUCUUGAGGGCCACCCAGGUAAGUGGACAUGCUUGGAAUGGUAGAUAGUCAUGGCAAUAGACUGAGGCUUCAUCACAAAUGGCACCUUACUCCCAAUGUAGUGCACUAUAUAGGGAUUAGGGUGCCAUUUGGGACACAAGUAUAAAAUGGUAAUUGAUGAUGGUGUUCCAGAGCACCACAGAGAAGAUGAAGAGGAGGCUCUGCUUCCCGUCACUCCAGGAGUGGAGGAGGAGAUGAUGAGGAUCGACAACGUCCUGUCUGGUUUCAGGGACUCCCCCUGUGAGUCUCCUGGGUUACCGACCAGCAGCACCCCCGAGAACCACGCCUCACACAUCCCCAAAACAUGCAGGAGGACAGGUACAGCCCGGUUAGCUGCUUAGGACAUGUUAAUGAAUGACGCUUAAUCAGUGUCCUCUCAUUCUUUCACAUUACACAUAUAUGUUCAACAUGUACAGUGUUCUUCUUCUCUGACCACUAUUUGGCUAUAUCAGAAUCUCUUCUCAUUCCUCCACCUCUGUCUGGACAACUGGUCCACUGGUGUCUAUAGAAUAUCUACCUAAACUUUAUACAUUUUCCCCAACUUUUCUGCACUGACAACUCACUUUAUCCUCUCACCACAGGUGGGCUUGGUGUCAGGGCUGGGCGGGGCUUCAGUCUGAGUGAUGUGACCAAUCUUACCCCUGCAGCCUAUCGGAAGUUCUCUUUAAAGAGCUCCCGCCCUUCAGACCGAUGCUCCACCCCCGUCCCCGCCCGCAAGAGGCGGUCCACGAUGACAGUGGACUACAAAGAGCCGUCACUGCACGCGUGAGUAUUAAAGGGAAAGGGGGAUUCCAAGGGGGAUUUUUGAAAUGUGUGGAAUUCUUUCUUGGUUUAGAUAACAUGUAACUUUUGCAGAGGGUAACACGCUCCCAUUCAUUUAAAUGAACCAUGGGUGAAAGCAGAAGUGCUGCGUGGCUUGCGCACGAGAACUAACUUGCGCUGGCAAAAGCUACACGACCAGUGUAGUAGCUAAAAACCUAUUGUUUCUGUAAUGCCCCAGUGUUGCUCCUGCCAGUCAUUAUUUCUCACCAUCUCUUAUCUAUCUCUCUUUAAUUUCCUGUCUGCCAGGAAACUGAGGCGUGGAGACAAGUUCACAGACACCAAGUUCCUCCGCUCUCCCAUCUUCAAACAGAAACCCAGGAAGUCCAUGAAGAUUCAGCUGUCGUUGGAGAAAUACAAUGAGUCAUUUGUGGGAUGUCGCUGACAUGUCCUAUGUCUUCACAUUGAACACGCUUUACCCAUUCAAAUUAGUUUGAGAGGAUUUUUGGUUGUGAAUAUUUACAUAUUUACACCUGUUUUUGUCCAAUGAAAUAAUGGAGGGCAGCUUUAAUUGUUUUUAGAUUCUUCAUUGUUCACACUAUGCUGUUAUCCGUAUCCUGAAUUUGGCCAAAUCAUCAUGGGCAUUGGAGACAUUCAAUUAAAUCACCCAAAAAUGCGUUCUCUCUCGCUCGAUGACUGUAUGGAUUGUUAUCCACCUGUAGAGGGCAAUGUAAGAUCAACAUUCUGUCUGAGAAGAUGUCAACAACAUGUACCUCAAUGGUUGUAUUCAGUUCACUGUUGUACAUACAGUAUGUAUAUUUAGCUUGCCUUUCAAGACCUUUGAAUAUGUAUUCUCUACAUGCCCCUGUGUAACAUGUUUUGAUUUUAUUAUAAUAAACAUUCAGUCCAUAAUUCCUA